UUCAACCUCUCUCAUCCCAUCCCUUUCGCUGUCGACAAUCAAUCGCGGUUCUUCGCGCCAUCGCCCAUCAUGUGUACGUGCAAACCAAGAAACAUCAACCCUGGACCCGAUUCCCUCUGCUAUCCUGUUUUUCCUGUCGGCGGUUGUUUGAUGGGGGAGGAAAAUUGAAAUAUUGCGGAAGAGAAGGGAUUUCAGGAUGGCGACACACCAGACAGAAGGAGGAUAAGGAGGAGGACGAGGACGAGGACCGGGGGGGUGUUCAACCACGAGGGAACAAAGAACAAAAAGGCUGACUCGGUUUUUUUUCUCGACUUUUAGCGCUCGUGUCCGGCGAGAAGACGAACUUCCAGUACAUUCUGCGUCUGCUCAACACCAACGUUGAUGGCAAGCAGAAGAUCAUGUACGCCUUGACCCAGAUCAAGGGUGUUGGUCGCCGUUACUCCAACUUGGUCUGCAAGAAGGCCGAUGUUGAUCUCAGCAAGCGCGCUGGUGAACUCACCACCGAAGAGCUCGAGCGUAUCGUCACCAUCCUCCAGUCCCCCACCCAGUACAAGAUCCCCACCUGGUUCCUCAACAGACAGCGCGACAUCACCGAUGGCAAGGACUCCCAGGUUGUGUCCAACUCCCUCGACAGCAAGAUCCGUGAGGACCUUGAGCGCCUGAAGAAGAUCCGCUCCCACCGCGGUCUCCGUCACUACUGGGGUCUCCGUGUGCGCGGUCAGCACACCAAGACCACCGGUCGCCGUGGUCGCACCGUCGGUGUCAGCAAGAAGAAGAACUAAGCCAGACUGCAAAAAACGGGAUCGGAUCACCUUCUCUGCUUUGGUUUCUUCAUGCUGGCUGGAGUCGAUUGUCGGGAGCGGGAUUCCUUUUUGUUGUAUGUUGGUGUGUGGUUUUUUUUAACGAAUCUUCCGCGGACCGGAUCAUAAUAAAAGUGCCGAGUCCAAAAAUGAAAAGAAUCAUACCAAUGUGAAUGAAUACCAAAUCACCCUCUUCUGGUCGUAGGCUGCAGUUAGGAAUAAGGAAUGCUGUGUCGGGGUGGCAAUCUCCUUCCAUUAUGAUGCCUGGUCUAUCUUAAAUGGUCUUCAUAUGUGUAGCAACACUGGCUUGUACACGACGUAAGGUGAUGUCUUUGAUUUGAUAUGUAG